AUGCCGAGAAGAUUCAUGAAGAUGUUCCCAGGACUCGAGUGCUUGAGCUAUAGGGAGAGGUUGAACAGUGGACUUCCGUUACCCUGUUCAUCAGGGCUUCAUUUGGGUAAAGACAUCAACUACUGGAGACGACGAGGCCAAGACUUCAGUGGUUUACUGGAUUACACAAACCAUGGAGACUCCGAAGGAAGUAACGCAACGAGAACUCGAAACAUUCCAAAAGCUGAACAGCGAGGAAGAGGUUCACAAGAACAUCAGCUGAAGAGCAAGCAGCACAAGGCAGGAGCCAUGAGAUCCGACCAGCAAGCGGGUUGCACAGCAGAAGGGAAGAUCAUGGCGGAGAGCGUGGUGCGUGAAGAUAUGUGGGGGACUCCAAUGGACCGUAAGUGUCAAAGCCUGGGAACAGAGGAGUGGAUAUCUUCUUUAGGAAGACAAUCGUCUGACAGUGGUGGGGCCAAGUUGAGACCAAACAUAUUGCCCAGGGUGGUUAGCGAUGAGGUAUUUCACAAAGAAGGAAUGGAAAAUGUGAGAAAAGGAAAGUCCCGGUCAUUGCCCAGGGUCAUCCCAGAUAUCAAUGGGAAGGAAUCACGGACAGGGCUACACUAUGUGACGACAUCCAGCAUUGAUACGGACAGACUGGAAAAUCAGUGUUUGAGUGAUCACCUUGUGUUGCAGAGCAGCGCUUCUUACAGCGAUCCCAAAACAAGUUCAAAAUGGCGAGAGAAUGUCAGGCAAAGUGCUCAGUUUGCUCAGCUGCCCAAAGCUAAAUUCAGCAGGCCUUUAAACCCUCCUUCCUAUGAACUGUAUCAGCAAAUUAGGAGGAGUUCAGAAAUGAUACCUAGUCUCCAUGUACGUGGGGAAAAUGAAGGACAAGGCAUUGAUUUUGCCCGUGACCAAGACCACAAUAGUUGUCCCAACUUGGACCCUCCUGUCUAUGUGCCUCCCUCAUCCUAUAAAGCACAGCCUCGACAACAUGUUGGUCGCAAAUGCUUUGUCAAAGUGCCUAGUUGUCACAAGGCCGCAGGUCAAUGCUCUCAAUCAACAAGGACUGGUGUCGACCAGCCGCACUGGUGCUGUUCCCAAACCGGGAAGAACGAUCAAGCUGAUCAAAGGCAGGUCUUCGAUGAGAAUGACACAAAGCGACAGUUGCUACAAGCCGAAAAUGCAACCGAUGAAAUAGGCAAUGGUGCCCAUCACAGUCGGGGAAGCCACAGUGCAUCACACAACGGAUACUCAGAUGACCACAAGGCUUUUGUCAAGUACAUACCAUUUACUGAUCCUCGCAUCAGGCACAUAACGAUCGUGCAGCCUGAGAAGCAAUUUGAUGAGACAGGUUACAAGCAAGACCAAUGGCCUGCUGCAGACCGAGAUACUGAUGGGAAUAAGCUCCAUGGACCAUCACAGCACUGUAGUGCCUUCUCUGUUCCAUCAGGGUCACAUUACUCCAGUCCGGUAGGCCCCAGCCCGGCAGUCGAUCCACCAACGCCCGGCAACAGUUGGUCCUUGCCGCCCAAGCCAGAGAACCAGAACCAGGCAAAGUCCGAUCAUGGUUAUCACACGCACGCGGGCGACUGGUGCGAUGCCCCGCCCGGGCACGGCGUACGACCGCAAGGAAGCCAAGGCGCUGCCGAGACGGUGACCCAGGUGAAGAAAUGGGCGCCGGAUUCCCGGUGUUUCGAAGGGCACGGAAAGAAGCAGCCGAGAAGAAGGAUGACGGAGACCAUCUUUUGCCUGGUCAGUGUCCCGCUCAAGACGCCGGAGGAGGAAGGAGCGAGCAAUGGCAAUGCCUCGGCGCUCAUCGGUGGCGGCGGCGGCAGCACGGGAAACCUAACCGAUCAAAGCUUUCUGAGCAUGUCCUCUUCUGACCUGGAGUUGCAAGCAUUGACGGGGUACAUGGCGGCAGAUAAUGGACCGAAGAGGCCGGAGCACUGGGGUGAAGUGAGCAACAAAUGCGAGGUUGCCUCCAGCUUCAAGCGGCACCGAGAGCUGAGGGCCUCUGGGUCUUGGCCAGGUGACCAGUACAAAGAUCAGGAAACGCAAACAAGUUUCGGUAAAGGCCCCCGUGCUGUUCAAUUGUUCGCCAGCGCCUUGAAGAAAGACGGAACAUGCAAGCAGAACCACUCAGAGUCUGAAGCGAGCGCUUUCAUGCAAGGGAAUAGAAGAGGCUCGGAAGCUACUGUGGCCAGUGACCAGAAAUGGAAGCUGAGUAACCACCCGAUGAAUGAGCAGACAAGCUUACACCCAUCCAGUAACAGUGCCUUCACCAGGGCCGCGCCUACACAAUAUCAGGUGGGCAAACCACCCAAAAGCCAGCCAGAAGGAGCUCCAAUGAGCCCCUGUGAGAAAGGCAGAGAUGUAAAAGUGGAAAAGGAUCGAGGCUGUCCACAGACCUCGUCCAGCCCUGCCGUCGGUUCCACAGGCUUCGGCCAGUUUCUCCUGAAGCCCGUAGACCGGCGUCCCUGGGAUGCGAUCAGCGAGCUGGAAAAUUUCAACAAGGAAAUUCAGGAUCACGAAGACCGCAACACUCAGAUGCAGCGGGAUGACGGUGAAGAGGGUGAAGAACUCUUUGCAUCGCAGUUGAUCAGCUCGGACGAGGUCUUUCCGAGCACUCAAAUGCCUUUGCCUCGGAAUUCCGAGCUGUGCGUGCCUGAAAAGCCAUUGACCAACAUGGCUGCACCAGAAGAGAUCCUGGAGGAAUGCUGCCCAGAUUACAGCAACAUCACCCCUGAGGUCCAUAAAGCGCACUCUGUAUCUGCCGUCCACAAUAAGCUCAGAGGCCACUUGAGCUACCCGCUCCGUAAACCUGCCAGCAAAGGGACAGCAAAUGCCAGGAGAUGCACAAUUUUAAAUAUAUUCUCAACGAAAAGUGCACAAUUCACGAAAUUGAACAAUGAAACAAAUGCCGAGGACACCGACAGCAAAAGCCAAUGCACAAAGAUGAAUGGACUUGGUGUACCCACGUAUCAGCUCAGUGAAAGGAAAGGAGGGGAGGUAAUGGACAAAAACAUAUUGGUCAGAGAUAAUGCAGCAGGUAAAACAAUUCUGCCUGCCCCAGAAACUCGAAGCAAUGGCAUCAUUAGAAAAAUGUUCUUUCAAUUUGACAGUGAUCAGAUUUCCUUGGAACCUGACCUGAGCUCUUUAAUUUCUUGGAAAAGCACAAAGCCGAUUAUCGAUGAGGCGAAUGACCUCUUAAAACAGAGGCCGGUGAGAGGAAUCUCCAAAACUGAGUCAUUCGAAGAAAGAGCUGCCAGGAUUUUAGGCAUCGACGACGCAGUGGAGGCCUUGAUUUCUCCAGUGAAGAAGGAACAGGGUCGGGAUGUUGAAGAAUUUGAGGGAAAUUCUCCCUGUGUAGAGGAGCUGAGCCACACCUGUGAUCCUGCUAUGACAAACUCUAAAUGCACUUCAGGAGAAGUACUGGGGGAUGAUGUUGGAAAUGGCGUGGAAAAUAACAAUCAGUUGGAAUGGAGAGACAGCCCAGUCUAUGGAAUAUGUUUACCAAAUAGAAAUAGUGUGCUCCAGGAUAAUUUACCAGAGCACAUCAUUGAAAAUGACAAAGGAUUGCAGUCGGGGAAGAGGGCCCUCAUCAAUGAAGUUUUUCAUGAGCCUUUCAGUGAGUUUUAUAACUGGGCUGACAGGAAUUGCCACUUUGGCACAGAAUGCAAAAACACCCCUCUCGCAGGUCAGGAUAGGAAAGGCCGAAACACUUCAGGAAGGAUUGAAGCCUUACAGGGUAGGCUUGCAGCACCUCAAAAGCACGCAGCUCCGGAUCGCUUGGCCCGAAUGAAAGAGGUGGACUCGGUUUCCCGCAUCAGGCGUCUCAGCAUCAAAAGCACAGAUCCUGCUGAUGAGCUUGAUGAGGCUAAAUGCAACCCAGAGCAAGGGGAUAAGGAAGAGCCUUGUACCUCAGUGCGAAAGAAAGAUACGUGUGCAACAAAGAAAAGAGUCCUAUCGCGAGGAGAGGAUUCAGAAUCUUUUGUGUCUUCAAUCGCAGUCAAUACUGGGAGCAAAGAGGCUGGAGAUGCUUACGAUCCCAGCAAAGUUGAGACUGUGUGAAAAGGGGAGCGGAUGGGAGCAAUGUCAGGAAAUGACGUGGAGUUCACACGGUGAUCCAGUUCACAAGGCUGCCUUGCAUCAAAUGCCUUCCCCACACACACACACACCAUUUGUAUCAAUAAACGCAUUGAUAAGAUGCUCGAUCACUGCCAGGAAGAAAUGAAUCGGCUGCAAAAACGACUGUUGAUCAUUUCUCCAACAAGCAUCGUGGCCUUCCGUGGCUAAGGGUCCCAGCCGAGUACCUGGAACGCCUGAACACGCAGUACAAAUCCACUUGAACUCGACACAUAAUCUGCCUUCUCCGAGUUCACCGAGCGAGUGGUACAGGAAGUAAUAUCAGACCACGUCAGUGCAAUAAGAGAUGACGGACUGAAGUUGCAGCUGAGGCAGAGAGAAGGAUCCCAAAUGCGUGUUGCCUGAUCUGGAAGAACUUGGUGCCAACACUGGACAUCUGAUAUGAGGAUCGACUCUUUCCCUUAAGAGUUAAUACCACUCACCCGACGAGCAGGGCUUUGUUUUACAAAUCCAGUCUUCUGCUUUGAGGGUUCACUCCCUGGACUUUGUAUUAGCACCUCCUCUAGCCUCAUCUACUGUAUCCGCUGUUUCCAGGUGCGGGCUGCUGUAUGUCGGCAAGAGCAAGCCCAGGCUCGGCGAUCGUUUCGCUGAACACCUCCGCUCAGCCUGCGUAAUCUCCCUGUUGCCAAACACUUGAAAUCUGCCUCCCAUUCCCACACUGAUCUUUCUGUCCUGGGCCUCCUCCAUUCUCAGAGUGAGGCUCAGAGCAAAUUGGAGGAACAGCACCUCAUAUUUCAC